AGUGCGAGGCUACAGUCCAGUGGCUUGUGUUGAUCACGAUGUCCGACUUACAACAGUCGUUGCUGUCUUACAUCGAUGAUAAAGAUUCCGUGGAUACAUUACAACUGGCUCAGGAAUGGAAUGUGGACCAUCAGAAAAUCGUCGGAGUUGUCAAAAGCUUGCAGGCCCUUGGAGAGAUCAUCGAUGUCGAACAGAAAAGCGGCAAGAAACUUGAACUUACUGAAGAAGGGCAAACAAUCUGUAAUUCUGGAAGUUAUGAAGCUUUGAUAUAUAAUUCAAUUCCUGAAGGUGGAAUUCUUCAGUCGGAAAUUAUGAAAAAUGUGCCCAAUGCUAAAAUUGGUUUCAACAAAGCUAUGUCUGCUGGUUGGAUUAGAAUCGACAAAACUGCUGAGGGUGGACCAAGAAUUUACAAGAAGGUGGAGAAAAUUGAAGACAAAGUACAAGAAACAUUGAAGCAGCUACACAGUCUCUCACUUCCUGAUGCACAAUGUAAAGAUUUCAAGAAAAGAAAGUUGAUUGUAGAAAGCAAAGUAAACAGCUUCAUUAUAUCAAAAGGACCAAAUUUUACACUGAAGAUUAGUAAACCUGAAAUUGACUUAACACCUGAAAUGAUUGCCAGUGGUUCAUGGAAAACCUUCCAGUUCAAACCUUACAAUUUCAAUGCCAGGGGUGUGUUACCGCCAUCUGGACACCUCCACCCUCUGUUGAAAGUCAGGGCUCAGUAUAUGAAGAUUUUCUUGGAGAUGGGAUUUUCAGAAAUGGCUACUAAUAACUUUGUUGAAAGUAGUUUCUGGAACUUUGAUGCCCUUUUCCAACCUCAGCAACAUCCUGCUCGUGAUGCCCACGACACUUUCUUCAUAUCAGACCCCAUGAAUGCACAUGAGUUCCCUGAAGACUAUUUGGAACGGGUGAAGACCGUUCAUUCAGAAGGGGGUUAUGGAUCUCAGGGGUAUAGAUAUAACUGGAAGAUAGAAGAAGCUCAGAAAAAUAUAAUGAGGACCCACACAACAGCUGUGAGUGCCAGGAUGUUGUAUAAGUUGGCACAAGAGAAACCUUUCAAACCAGCCAAGUAUUUCUCUAUUGACCGUGUGUUCCGAAAUGAGACCCUUGAUGCAACGCAUCUUGCUGAAUUCCAUCAGAUAGAAGGAGUUGUUAUUGAUUACAACCUGACUUUAGGGGACCUCAUGGGAGUCAUUCAUAAAUUCUUCAGCAAACUGGGAAUGACCAAGUUACGUUUCAAACCAGCCUAUAAUCCUUACACAGAACCUAGUAUGGAAAUAUUCAGUUAUCAUGAAGGACUUAAAAAAUGGGUAGAAAUUGGUAAUUCGGGUGUUUUCCGACCUGAAAUGUUACUACCGAUGGGUUUACCUGAGAAUGUAUCAGCUAUUGCAUGGGGUUUGUCCUUAGAAAGACCAACCAUGAUUCUUUAUGGUAUAGACAACAUCCGAGAUUUGAUAGGACCAAAGAUUAACCUACAAAUGGUUUACAAUAAUCCCAUUUGUCGUGUUGGAAUUUAACUAAGCUAUCCUCUACAUUUACCUGCUAUACCUACCUGCUUCUCUUCCUCGAGACAUUUUAGCAACAUUUCUCUAACAAGGGGUUGUUUAAUAUGUAAUUUAUAUAAAUUCUAGUAAUAUUUAAUAAACUAACAGUUAAUGUGUUCCUGUGUACUCAUGGAAAAUUUA